CCUCCUGCUGCUGCUGCUGGUGCCCGCCUCUCGCUCGCUCGCCAUUGCGGCGGCUCAGGGCGAGCCGCGCCGUGUCCCCGCUCGGCUCCCUCCCCGGCCGCCGCCUGGCAGAGGCUCCACGGCGCAGGCCCGCUGCAGCGCAGCCGCUCUGAGUAGCGAUUAAUGGAAGGACACGGGGUGACCAAAACGGAACACAUGGAUACCAUUGAGGCCCAUGCCGUGGCCCAGCAGGUGCAGCAGGUCCAUGUGGCCACCUACACAGAACACAGCAUGUUGAGUGCAGACGAAGAUUCACCGUCUUCGCCUGAGGAUACCUCCUAUGACGACUCUGAUAUUCUCAACUCGACUGCUGCUGAUGAGGUCACUGCCCACCUGGCUGCUGCAGGCCCGGUGGGAAUGGCAGCAGCUGCCGCCGUGGCAACAGGUAAAAAACGAAAGCGACCUCACGUGUUUGAGUCCAACCCAUCCAUCCGCAAGAGGCAGCAGACACGUUUAUUACGGAAGCUGCGUGCCACGCUAGAUGAAUAUACCACCCGAGUGGGGCAGCAGGCCAUUGUUCUUUGCAUAUCCCCCUCCAAACCCAAUCCUGUUUUUAAAGUGUUUGGUGCUGCACCCUUGGAGAAUGUGGUGCGCAAGUACAAGAGCAUGAUCCUGGAAGACCUGGAGUCAGCACUAGCGGAGCAUGCACCUGCGCCACAAGAGGUUAACUCCGAGCUGCCACCCCUAACCAUCGACGGAAUUCCUGUCUCUGUGGACAAGAUGACCCAGGCGCAGCUGCGAGCAUUUAUCCCCGAAAUGCUGAAGUACUCAACAGGUCGUGGGAAGCCGGGCUGGGGGAAGGAAAGCUGCAAACCCAUUUGGUGGCCUGAGGAUAUUCCAUGGGCAAACGUUCGCAGUGACGUCCGUACAGAGGAGCAGAAACAGAGGGUGUCCUGGACCCAAGCAUUGCGGACUAUUGUGAAGAACUGCUACAAACAGCAUGGGCGUGAAGACCUACUCUAUGCCUUUGAGGAUCAACAGACACAGCAGCAGACUGCAGCUACACAUAGUAUAGCGCAUCUGGUCCCAUCACAGACGGUGGUACAGACCUUCAGUAACCCUGAUGGCACUGUCUCCCUCAUCCAGGUUGGCACAGGUGCUACAGUUGCCACUCUGGCCGAUGCCUCUGAGUUGCCUACCACAGUUACCGUUGCACAAGUCAAUUACUCCGCGGUAACUGAUGGAGAGGUGGAGCAGAAUUGGGCAACGCUACAGGGGGGCGAGAUGACUAUCCAGACGACGCAGGCUUCGGAGGCCACGCAGGCGGUGGCAUCGCUGGCAGAAGCCGCAGUGGCAGCAUCUCAAGAGAUGCAACAAGGAGCAACCGUUACCAUGGCGCUGAACAGUGAAGCAGCCGCCCAUGCUGUCGCCACGCUUGCGGAAGCCACCCUUCAAGGGGGAGGACAAAUCGUCCUGUCUGGUGAAACUGCAGCAGCAGUGGGAGCGCUUACUGGAGUCCAGGAUGCUAAUGGCUUCCUAGCAGCAGACUGUUCAGGUUGCAAGUGGAGGCUAACAGAAAAUCCCACAGCCCCUCUUUUUUUAUCAAGUAAGAAGAACAUAAGGUUUUUACAGAUACAUCAGAAUGAGGCCAAAAUGACAGAAGAGGAAGGGCUCGUCCAGAUCCCCGUCAGCAUGUACCAGACGGUGGUAACCAGCCUCGCCCAAGGGAAUGGUCCCGUUCAGGUCGCCAUGGCUCCCGUUACUACGAGGAUAGCAGACAGUGCCGUCACCAUGGAUGGUCAGGCAGUGGAGGUUGUGACCUUGGAACAGUGACGCUGCUGCCAUGGCAGGAUCAUGAUGAUGUUUUUCCUCGUCUCUUACGUGAAUAAUUUUUUUACGCCUCUUCAGAGAUGCAAUCAGGUGGCAUUGAGUCUCCCAGCUUUGGAAGCAAAGGUUUCGUUAACCUUUUUUUAAAAGGAAAAAAAAAUAGCAGAGGAUGUGUGUUAAGUGCAUUUUUAUAGUGCCGCGCUGAUCUUGUGGGAGUGGAAAGCCAAUUUGUAAUGGACUUUCAUUCUGAGGAGAUUUAAAUCAAAACACAACCCCCCUCCCUCACACCCCCGCAUGAAAUAUCUGUUAGAAUCAGGGCAAGAUGGGAAGAUUGCCCCCCCCCCCCCAUAGGAAGCAGCUGUACCCUUGGCUGGAGAGAGUUCCAACAGCGCUGCUGCCCGCUAAGCCGGCAGUGAGUUCUGCGGUGGCUCCCGGGGUCGGCCCCUCUGCCCCGUCACUUUGAGAAUUAGGUUUCAAGAGAGAGAGUUUGGAAAACGUCUCUCCUCGGGGAAGGCGCAUGCACGACUGUGUAGGGGCAGCAGCAGCCUUUCGAAGGGAUAAAGCUCCUCAGAGGACAGCAAUUGAUCACCCCGCAGUCCCCGUAAGAGAGGAAAACUCUGCCGUUGAAGUUCUUAAGAAAUUCCAUGGAGAGUUCCCCCACCCUCCAUGCCCCUGCCUUGCUCUCCUGUAAUCCACCCUCAAGACCUGCCCUUAUCUUCUCUGCUAUUGAAAUGUAGCUGACGUUUUAGACCCUUCUCUUUAUUAUUUCAUGUUUGUAAAUUUAGACUGCAAUGGAGAAUCUCUUAGGGGGCUUUGGCUGGGGCACUACGGUGGGGGAAGGCUGUGAAGAGAGUGAGGAGUUAUUGACUAGGGCAAAUUCUUCCUUCCCCUGCCUCUCCCCAGGGCUUGUUUUAUAACUGAAUCCUAUUCAGCCCCGUUGCUGAGAGGUACUUUGAGUUCACCUGAGCUACGUCUGCCACUGGUAUUAUCAGAGCCGGGAUAGGACUGUAUGAAACAGAUGAUCCCCUAUCGCAGCCUCGACCCGUCCUGGAAUAUCCAAUCCUCACAAUGUUUCCUUGUUCAAUAAAUAUGGGGAUCAAACCGACUCCUCCCGUAGCCCCCCGCCCCAGUUCGCGUUCCACAGGUCCCGCACCUGUUUCUGCUGUAUGUGCAUCUCCAGCACGGCUUUGCUGCUGCGAGUUUUUUUUAAUCUACUUCAUGAGAAAACCUCUAGACAGAAAAACGCCUGGUGUGUUUUCAGUGGCUGAUUUUACUUGACUUUCCAAUGGGCCAAACCUUUGCUUCCCAAAACCAACAAACACUGCCCCUCCCCCAAGCAAGCUCCUCCCUUCUUUUAGCCACGCCCUCCCUCGAUGUGUGCAAUUGUGCAUGGUAUUUAAUUUUUUUUUUAAAGUGGCCAUUUAACAAAAUUCUCCAAGUCUUGCUCCGCCUUCAAGGAAGUUUUCAGAUUCUUGUAUUUACUUGUUUUAUAUGAAAAUAUCAAAUGUUCUUUGUAUAUGUUUUUCUGUACUUUAAGGAGGGGAGGGAAACAUUUCCAUAGAAUGCCCUGCUUUUCCAAUUUAUUUUUUUUAACUAUUAUUAUUUUUUAUUGUCGUUGUGAAGAUGUCCAGUGGCUUUACAGUCGGUGUUUCUUUGGCAAUGAAAUAACGUUCUUACGGUCUAAGAAAUUCUCCCCAGAAAAAGGGAAAGAAAAAAAACCAGUCAAGUAGCAGAGCAUGGAAUACCUGUUGUUUUCCCAGUCUGUCUAUUAUUGCCUCAUUCAAUAAAUUGUUACAAAUGUGUCUGCA